CCAACAUCCAAGCAGUGUCAAAAAGAAUGUGUGAAGAAGAUGAAACCCGGAUCUGGUCUUUGUCGAGAGGACUUGACUGCCAUCAUAUCAGCAUCUGUCAGUUAGUGUUCAGCCACAGGGAAAAAGGAGAAAAUGAACAAAGUCAUGCUUCAUGAUCUAAAUCUUUGGCUCUUCCAACGGCCAUUUUGAAUGACCCUGUCUCGUUAGUAGUUGUCGUCAAGGCGAAAAUUUCAUUCCGCUUCCUCGGACAACAUCGACGACGACCCAAUUCACCAGACACACACACACGGAGCUUCAGAAAACCUCAAAUACCGCAAGGAUGGUUUGUCAUUUGAUGACACUCACCUGUCUCCUGAUAUCCAUUUUUGGUUUGAUUGACUGUAAACCUCGCGGCCAGGUUCACACUUCGUACAAUGCAGUGGUCGGAUCCAGUUUCGAGCCAGCCUUCAGCGCAUCCAGCUACGAUUCAUUGGGAAUCCAACCAAGUCGUUCAGCAGGUCGCAACGAACAGAAACAACAUUAUUGGUGGCAAGGUUCACAAUCGCCGUUUAGCGAAGGAGCGGGUCAAAAUCAAGGUGUUUCAUCCGUUGGGGCGAGUAAAUCGGGGCAGACGUACGCUUCGGUCGCCGGAUGCAGCGGCGAAGCUUGCAGUUCUCCGUUAUUUAGCGCACCACCAGCAUCGCCUUCCAUCAGCAGCGGUGGAGGCGGUAGCUGUUGCAAUCAUUAUUGGCAAAAACCUGGCCAUCCGUGCUCCACUCACCAAGGAAUCGAUUGCCCGCGUCGAUUUAGUUGCGUCCACUACCAAUCUUGCAGGAAUGGCGUCAUCUCACUUGCAUCCACUGCGAGCCACACCUCGCAGAGACCAUCAAUCGACCAGUUGAUGAACUACGGCCGACCUUGCGGUUCUUCCGGAAUCGAAGUGUGUUGUCAGGACGCCCCUCCAAGGCCGGAACCGGUGGUACAACAACCUCCUGCUACUUAUUAUCCCCCUUCAGCACCAGCUCACAACCAACAAGUUGUUGGUUGCUCCGGUGGAUGUACACCAACUACAUCGCCAGUAUAUUACCCACCGCCGGUUCAUCAUCCAUCUCCGCCGUCUUCAUACCCUUCGGUUCAGCUGCCAUCUUCGCCACCGAUAUACUAUCCACCAGCGCCGACAACCACUACGCGGAGACCGGUUUAUUAUCCGGCGACGGCACCUGUUUUAGCUCAGUCUCCACCCGUUUAUCAACCAACUUCUACACCUGUUUAUUCACCGGCUCCGCCUGUUUACCAACCUUCGCCUGCACCAGUUUACACACCGGCUUCUCCACCCGUUUAUAACCCCGCACCAGCACCUGUUUACACACCCGCCCCUGCACCCGUUUACACCCCGUCCCCUGCACCCGUUUAUACACCAGCACCGCCAACUUACCAACCUCCGCCACCACCACCGGUUAACACUCCACCUCCGCCACCACCACCGGUUAACACUCCACCUCCGCCACCACCACCGGUUAACACUCCACCUCCGCCACCACCACCGGUUAACACUCCACCUCCACCACUUCCAGUGGUGGUGGAGCCAACUAGACCACCAUUUCCACCGUCUGCUCCACCAACACAAGCUUCAGUGGCACAAGGUCCGCCAGCCAAUUCUUUACCUUACCCCGGUUGCGCUGCAGCUUUGAAAUGCGUACUGGAAGAGUAUUGCAGCAUUGACGGUGUUAUGAUCGACAAACCCGUUUUCCUUUCUGAACAGUUGAAACCCUACCGUACACCUCUCAUGUCGUGCCUGAAUGUUGAAACCAAUCAAGUUGGUUUCUGCUGUCGCGAUCCGUUGUACAACGAUCCCUGGCCAGCUGAUAUGCCCAUGCCAGGCAUGCCUCCUUUGGCUCCAGUUGUCCAGGAACAAAUUCAGCCGCAAUCACCUGCCCCACCUGUACAGCCUGUAGUAAUUGCUACUGAGCCUUAUGCACCACCAACUCAAACACCUCCUACACUACCACCCCCAACUCAACCGCCAUACAUUCAAUGUUUUUCAACCCAGGAAUGUGUUCCAGCUCAUGUGUGCGGUGGUCGGUUUGAAACGUUUGAUGAUAGUCCAAACGCGAGAUGUCAGACUGUCGACUAUCAAGUCGGUGUCUGCUGCAAACUACCACUGCCUGUUCCCCCUCCGCCAACUACUACACCACCUCCUCCUCCGCCAACUACUACAACACCUCCCCCUCCGCCAACUACUAGACCACCUCCACCGAUUGAACCCGUAGUAGUACCACCUCCUGAUUCUUACUUACCUCCACCUCCACCACCCCCUACUCAACCACCGUACAUUCAGUGUCUUCCUACUCAAGAAUGCAUCCCCGCUCACGUCUGUGGUGGUCGUUUCGAACCCUUCAACGACAGUCCAAACGCUAGAUGCCAAAACCCCGAAGAUGGGCAGGCUGGUGUCUGCUGUAAACUACCACCCCCUACCCAACCACCUCCACCCCCUACUCAACCACCUCCACCCCCUACACAACCACCUCCACCCCCUACACAACCACCUCCACCCCCUACACAACCACCUCCACCACCAGUACAGCCAGUUGAAGCUCCUUCAUUAUCUUAUUUGCCUCCUCCGGUUGGACCCGUUGUGACUCCUCCACCCGUUGUCGUUCUUCCUCCACCAACAACGCAACCUGUGGUGGAACAAUCCUUCAUCCCUCCACCACCACCUCCGCCUGCGCCAGCUAACCAAGUUUUGGAAAAUCAAUGCGGUAUCUCCAGACCUGUUUCUCAAUUACUUGGUAAUGGUGAAGCUGCGUUAGGCGAAUUUCCUUGGCACGUCAUGAUUGCUAACGUCAACGGAUCCAUGACUUGCUCCGGUGCUCUCAUUGGAUCGAAAUUUGUCGCUACAUCGUUCCACUGUGUCCAAGGGACUAUCCCUUCUAACCUGAUUGUGCGACUUGGCGAACAGUAUGUCGGCACUACUAAUGAGCCUCUCCCGCAUUACGAAAUCCCCGUGACGGCUGUGGUUGGUCAUCCUAAUUUCGCUGAAGGUUCGCUUUUCCAUGAUACUGCCGUUCUCAUGCUGGCCACAGACGCACCCUCAGGACAAGCACAUAUUGCUCCUAUAUGUCUUCCAUCUCAAUCUGAACCACAGGUUUCGCAAUGCGUAGUCUCCGGAUGGGGCCACGAUACGCUAUCCGGUUUACAAAGCGGAGUUUUGAAUAAGGUCCAGGUUGAUGUUGUGCGGAACGAAGAUUGCCAAAACUCACUGCAAAGCAGUCAUUUAGGCAAAUAUUUUAAAUUACAUAAGAGUUUCACUUGUGCGUCUACCCAAAACAGCAUUAACCCAUGCAAGGUCGAUGGAGGAUCUCCACUGGUCUGUGUACGGCCUGAUGGAAGUCACGUCCUUAUGGGUCUGUCAUCCUGGUCUGUGGGUUGCAGUAAUCAGCAACAGCCGGGUGUUUACGCUGAUGUAAUGGCCGUCGCUCCUUGGAUGCAACAAGAAAUGGCUAAACCUGAAGCCAGUCUGAUCGAACAGUCUAACUCAGCUUUCCAAACACAACAGCAAUUCCAAACGCAGUUUGGACCUGGAGCUGGUUAUGGUCGUUAAAACAAAACAAACAAACAGAAAAAUCUCUAUUCUCAAACUUCCCACAUGUUUGUUUUUUUAGCCUUAUACUUUCUCCUUUUGUUUAUACAUAAAAAUAAUAAUAAAUGAAAUUUUUUUCUGGUA